UAAACCCUUUGACAUAUUAAUGAUAUGAUUGCUAGGCUAUACAGUAGGCCUAGGAAUAUUCCCCUUUAAGAACGCGCCACGGUGAGCGUGGGAUGGACGUGUGUCGGUUUGUUAAUGAAGUGUCACCUGACCCUGUCCUAACAUUGCACGGGGGGAGAGGAUAUAUAGUCCAAAUAAACAUACAUUCGAGUGAGUGGAAGACACAAUUAUUAAUAACAACAUCUCCAUACACUAUAGCCUAGUAGCCUAUUCAGCCUCCUUGGAUUGGUGCGCCGGUCAGUGUUGGCUCUUGGCACAGGGGUUAGAGGCACAUCUGCUAUCGACAGAGGCUCGUUGUCCUUCUCUAUCAGACAUUCUUGAUCAGAAGAAAACGUCCGGAGCGAAGAUUUUAAUCAACGAGUCGACUGUGCGUCACUACAAAAUCGUUAUUUUGAAAGCGCCCCGGUGCAUUUGACUCCUUCGGUUUGCCUUUUUUCCGUGCGUCGUGGAGAAGGAAACACUGACUGUGUAUCCGAUGCUCCUGCAAAACGGAUAACGGAAUAUGUAUGUUUGACGAAGGUUGGACAUUUGGCCAAACCCAUUCAUUGUGGUCGACUACACGAGGAGAAAAUGUCGGGGCAGACGCUCACGGAUCGUAUUGCCGCUGCGCAGUACCAGUUGACGGGAUCAGAGGUAUCUCGCGCCGUCUGCAAAGCCACCACUCACGAGGUGAUGGCGCCCAAGAAAAAGCACCUGGAAUAUCUGAUAUCGGCUACCAAUGCGACCAAUGUGAACAUCCCUCAGAUGGCCGACACUCUGUUUGAGAGGGCCACCAACGCCAGCUGGAUUGUAGUCUUCAAGGCCCUAGUCACCACACACCACAUGUGUGUCCAUGGAAACGAGAGGUUCAUCCAAUACCUGGCCUCCAGGACCGCUCUGUUCAACCUCAGCAACUUUAUCGACAAAACAGGCUCCCACGGCUAUGACAUGUCUACGUUCAUCAGACGUUACGGCCGCUACCUCAAUGAGAGGGCCUUUGCCUAUCGCCAGAUGGCUUUCGACUUCACCAAAGUCAAGAAGGGUGCUGAAGGGGUGAUGAGGACAAUGGCUCCAGACAAGCUGUUAAAAGGCAUGCCCGUCCUGCAGACCCAGAUCGACACUCUGCUGGAGUUUGAUGUCCACCCCAAGGAGCUGAAUAACCCUAUCAUCAACGCAGCUUUCCUACUGCUCUUCAAGGAUCUGGUCAAGCUGUUUGCCUCCUACAACGAUGGGGUCAUCAAUCUAUUAGAGAAAUACUUUAAGAUGAAGAAGAGCGACUGCAAGGAGGCCUUGGAGAUCUAUAAGAGGUUCCUCACCAGGGUCACCAAGAUUGGAGAGUUCAUGAAGCUCGCUGAGACAGUCGGUGUCGAAAAAAAUGACAUUCCAGACAUCAACUAUGCUCCCAGUAGCAUCCUGGAGUCUCUGGAGACACACAUGAACAGCUUGGAGGGGAAGAAGGGGUAA